AAGUAUGCCACCUAUCAGUGUAGAGCCUGAUUUUAAACACAGGCAACUCUGUAGUCCGCCUUCACGCAAAUACAUAUUCACUUUUUGAUUUUUUUUUAUAGCAAACUCCGCACCUUAGAUAAUGAAUCUGAUGCAGGUUCUAAUUUAUCUGAGUUUUAUGGUUGCUUUCGGUCCAAUGGGUCUUGGUGAUCAAACGGCGCACCACCAAUCCCCGGCCACGGAUGACGGUGAGCAGUGCUCAACAUGCGAGGUCCGACAGCAGAUCAAAAACAUGAGAUUACACGCCAUCAAGUCACAAAUUCUUAGCAAACUGCGACUCAAGCACGCGCCCAAUAUUAGCCGAGAUGUUGUCAAGCAGCUCUUGCCCAGGGCACCACCUUUGCAGAAACUUCUUGACCAGUACGAUGUACUUGGAGAUGACAAUAAGGAUGGACUUAUGGAAGAAGAUGAUGAACAUGCCAUCACAGAAACAAUCAUGACAAUGGCCACUGAACCUGAAUCCAUCGUCCAAGUCGAUGGGAAACCCAAGUGUUGCUUUUUCUCCUUCAAUUCGAAGAUUCAGGCGAACCGCAUAGUUCGGGCACAGCUAUGGGUGCACCUUCAGCCACCUGACGAAGUCACCACCGUGUUCCUGCAAAUCUCCCGCCUGAUCCCUGUCACGGACGGGGGCAGGAACAUACAGAUCCGGUCUCUAAAGAUCGACGUGAAUGCAGGAGUCAGCUCUUGGCAGAGUAUUGACGUGAAACAAGUGUUGUCGGUGUGGCUGCGGCAACCGGACACGAAUUGGGGGAUCGAGAUUAAUGCGUUGGACUCAAAGGGAAAUGAUCUGGCCGUUACCUCAGCUGAAGCAGGAGAAGGACUGCAACCCUUCAUGGAGGUGAAGAUUUCGGAGGGCCCGAAGCGCUCCAGGAGAGAUUCGGGCCUGGACUGUGAUGAGAACUCCCCCGAGUCCCGCUGCUGCCGGUACCCCCUCACAGUGGACUUUGAAGACUUUGGCUGGGACUGGAUUAUUGCCCCCAAGCGCUACAAGGCCAACUACUGCUCUGGUGAGUGCGAGUACAUGCACCUGCAGAAGUACCCCCACACCCACCUGGUGAACAAGGCUAACCCCCGGGGCACCGCAGGGCCCUGCUGCACCCCCACCAAGAUGUCCCCCAUCAACAUGCUCUACUUCAACCGCAAAGAGCAGAUCAUCUACGGCAAGAUCCCAUCCAUGGUGGUGGACCGCUGCGGCUGCUCGUGAGCGAGAGUUCUGCUGGGGAAGGGGAGGGGCUUAGCCAGGGUCUCCACCCUGGACUUUGGGACAGAUCCAUCCAUCACUACCAGUGCUUUCUGCAGAACACAGUGCAAUAGAGCCACAAUAGCGGCUAAAGAAACACCUGUCCAUUCGCUGAGCAGGCUUCAACCACGGACAUGUCUCGUUAGUUUUUUUUUUUUUUCAUUUUCAUUUUCUUCUCUCCUCCAAUCACAUGUUCUCCCCACAAUGGCCUAAAGUCACAAGGAUGUAGGAACACAAUGCCUGUUGGACUUGACAUGGACACACACCAGACCUAGGUUCAAAUAGUAUUUGUUUUUUUUCUUCAAAUACUUUAACGUUUAAUGGAGAAGGGUGGGGUUUGCACUUUGGGGAAUAAUCCAUUGGUUCCAUUGAACCAGGCAAGCUCAAUCAAGUGCAGCUUAAGUAUUGGAAAUAAAACAAAUACUUUUUAAACCCAGGUCUGACACACAUAGACUAAUCCCUCAACCCCCCCCCCCCCAAGCUUUUACAGCGUACGUUUAACUAUCGGUGUGAUAAUCAUAUAAGCAAUGUUUGAGAGUGAAACCGGGAAUCCUCAAGGACUUUUGAAAGGGCUUGGAAAACUAUAGCUGAGGACUCAGUCUGAACUGGCCUUCAUGCACAAUGCCAUAAACACCAUAUACACACACAGCAACAGUGCAUUCUUAUUCAACUUUUAAUCAUAGCUUUACCACCAUUCAACUGCCUGAACUGCCCUACUCACUUGAAUUAUUCUUAUUGUAAAUCAACAUUACUGGACAGGAGGACUUGAAUCGGAAGCACAAUGAAUGCAGUCUACACAUUGAGAUGUGUUUAAGACAGAGAAAUAUAUAUUUGAAUGUUAAAACCACGUUUAAACUCUGUCUUACAAAUAACACAGUUUGCACUAUGGCAAACCAAUAGAAAGAAUUGGUUGCUACAAAAGUUGUAAAAACUGAUUUUGAUACGUUUGCUAAUUUGUAUUGUAUAUGCCAUUGUUUCCAUUAGCAGUUGCCUUUCUAAACCACUGUUAGUAAAUGUAUAAGACCACAAACUAGCAAGAAAACGUUACAAUAGCGACUGUAUACCUGUUUAACAAAUAAAGGUGCUUGCUUAUA